UUAAUAUCCGAAUCCAACACAAUUUCCACGCACUCAUUUGCAUUACACACGCACAUACCCAAAACCCCAUAGGGAUAGGCUAUGCUAUAGUUGCAGAGUCUCCACGCUGACGGCAGCUUAAUGAUGGAUAUCACUUACACGCCCUACAUUGAUCCAGAUUUUGAAGUACUUUUAGAAAGAAUCCAUCCUCCAAGGGUUUCCGUUGACAAUAACAUCUAUCCAGAUUGCAGUCUUAUCAUGGUUGAUAGUGCUAAUAAGCACGGGGUGCUGCUGGAGGUGGUUCAAGUUCUUACAGAUCUUGACCUCGUCAUUUCCAAAUCUUACAUCUCCUCCGACGGUGGUUGGUUGAUGGAUGUCUUCCACGUGACGGACCAACAAGGAAACAAACUCACUGAUGAAAGCCUUAUUCUUCACAUCCAAGAGGCCAUUUGCACAAGUAGGAUAGCAAACAAGGAGGCUAGACCUAGAGGUGUGUCGGCUGAACACGUGGCACUCGAGAUGACGGGGCUAGACAGGCCCGGUCUGAUGUCAGAAAUGUCGGCCGUUCUUGCUGAGAUGGGGUGCCACGUCUCUGCUGCCGUGGCAUGGACCCACAAGGGCCGCGCAGCGUGCAUCAUCUAUGUCGAAGAUAGUAACGGGCGGAUGAUGGACCCCACCCGGGCGGCCCAAGUGCGGGCCCAUCUUGAGAAUGUGGUGGAAGCGCACCACCACGAGGAUGAGAGGCGAAGCGUGAGGCUGGCUGCCCCUGCCCCGGGCCGUACGCACACGGAGAGGCGCCUCCACCAGAUGAUGGCGGCAGACAGAGACUACGACCAAUGCUGCUCGUGUUGCAGCGGUAACAGCGAAUGGGAUGGGGUCGACGUGUAUGGCGGCUGCGGCAAAGAGAGGAAGAAGGGACAGAUUGGGACACAUGUGAAGAUACAGAAGUGCAAGGAAACUGGCUACUCGAUUAUUACAGUGAGGAGCAGAGAUCGGCCUAAGCUGUUGUUCGACACGGUUUGUGCUCUCACUGACUUGAACUAUGUAGUGCACCAUGCCGCCAUUAGCUCUCAAGGCUCCACUGCAUUCCAGGAAUAUUACGUAACAGACAAGAAUGGGACGUUGGAGAUGGACAGCGAGAAGCACAGGGUUACCAAAUGUUUGGUUGCUGCCACAGAAAGGAGAGUUUCCAAUGGACUGAGACUGUGUAUUUGCACUAAGAACAAAACGGGGCUGCUAUCGGACGUUACACGAGUCCUUCGGGAGAACGGACUGUCGAUAAUGGGAGCGGAGAUCGGGGUUCGUGGUGAAAACGCGGUGGGGACGUUCUACCUCAAAGAUGCAACAGGGGAAGAUGUGAGGCCGGAAACGGUGGAGAUGGUAAGACGAGAGAUCGGAGGCCGUACAGUUUUCAAAAACAUGUCACCUUCUAGAACAAGCAGCGGUGUCCAAGAUGAAGAGAGGCCGAGGUCUUCUCUGGGAAGCUUCAUCUGGUCGCACUUGGAGCGCCUCUCCGCCAACUUCAAACCCAUUAAAUCGUGAUUGUAUUUGCAAUUUGUGUAAAUGUUAGAUAGCAUCAACUGUAAAUGAGAUAUCAUAUGUCACCAGAUGUAAAUAAGAUCCGAUUCCCAUACCAUCAUUGCUUCCAUUUUC